UAGAACUCAAUUAGCUCACUGGACCACCUUAGACUCUGUUCAUCAUAGGACCUGUCAUUCAAACACACACUCCCAACAGCAUGGCUGGACUGUCAGAGGAGACAGGAAGCGAGAUGUUUUGUAUGUGUCACAACGUUUCAGCACCGGUGUUGUGUCACUAUCAGCUAUCAUUGGUCAUCCCACCUCCACCAGACAUUGGGGUGUCAGUAUACAGAGGAGGCUCUAUUCAACGGCCCCUAUUAAAUCAGUGAUUAAACCAGUGACCAUGCCAGGAAGUGGGAAGAAACUUCCUAAAGGCCCCAGGACCAAACAACCAUCCAGAACCAAUCAGCCGACCCCAAAGGAGGACAAGGGACAAUACAGGGACACACUUUAUACAUCAGAGCACAUAGACCUGAGCACUGAUGGCUGGUGAAACAAGAUAUUAUGCAGUGCAUUGCUUUUGCAACAGCGGACCAGUAUCAUUUGCCAACACUCUGCCAUGACCUCAUAGCCCAUGGCUUCUACGAAAUAGAUUUACCAAGAGAUGCCUCAAAUGUACUUGUAAUAUGCACUGACAAUGCCCAAAAACCCAGUGACAAUGCAACAAUGUUCUUCUUCAGGGAGGGAUCAGUGGUCUUUUGGAAUGUUGAAGAGAAAACGAUGAAGAAAGUGAUGAGGAUCCUGGAGCAGCAUGAGAUUCAGCCCUACGAGGUAGCUCUGGUCCACUGGGAAAAUGAAGAGAUCAACUACAGUAUUGGAGAGGGAAACUCAAAACUACAACAUGGUAACUUCCUGCUGAACAAUGAAAUAUAUCCUGACGAGGCCGUGCUGGAUAAAUUUGCAUUCUCAAAUGCCCUUUCUUUGUCAGUGAAACUGGCUAUAUGGGAGGUGGCUUUGGAUCACUUUGUGGAGUCGAUUCAGUCCAUCCCAGAGAUGCUGAAAUCUGGGAAGAAAAUAAAGCUGUCCAGAGCAGAGGUCAUGCAGAAAAUUGGAGAACUCUUUUCUCUGAGGCACUGUAUCAACCUGAGCUCUGACCUGCUGAUCACGCCAGACUUCUACUGGGACAGAGAGAACCUGGAGAUGCUCUAUGACAAGACCUGUCAGUUCCUUAAUAUCAACCGCCGGGUCAAGGUAGUGAACGAGAAACUGCAGCACUGCACUGAGCUGACAGACCUGAUGAGGAACCACCUGAGUGAGAAGCACAGCUUAAGGCUAGAGUGGAUGAUAGUCAUCCUCAUCACUAUUGAGGUGAUGUUUGAACUUGGCAGAGUGAUCUUCUGAAGAGCUGCAUCAGUGACGAUGAAAUAAAAAUACUGACAAAAUAUAUAUUUUUGUAAGUACAUUACAUCAUGAUCAUAAUUAACAAGACAUUAAAAAGAAGGCUAAACUUUUA